AAUGAUUAUUUUUCAGGAUUUCAACACACUUUCCUUAAAAAUAAUGGCAGUGAAACCCCACAGUGAAGCAGAACUUGAGGAAAUGAUGAUUAAUCUAGCUUGUAUUCUCAAAAUGAUAAAUAAUUCCCAAGAAUGGAAAUGUCUAGUUACAAAAAUUGAGCAAUAUGUAUUUGACGUUGCUCAAAACUUUCUUCAAAUUGUCAGAGAAAUGGUUCUUGAUCCGGACCAAAUGGAUACAAUGAACAAAUUUUCAAUUGUAUUGAUGAUAGCUCAUUACACACUGAAAUAUUUUGAUAUGUCACAAACUGAAAUGAGAGAUGGGGUAUUUCAAGCUCUGUCCCUACAUGUAGCAAACAACAACUCACAGCUAGUGAAAGUUUAUGUUGCUCCGAUGUGUCUUUACAUGAUUGAGUGGCAGCUGAAAGAUUUACCAAGCCUAAUUGCAAGUAAUGACAGAGUGGCCAAACUUGAACAACAAGUCAAUGAUCUAGUUAAUGCAUUAAACAGAUUCUUACAAGCCACAAAUUCUGACACCAGAACAAUGGCGUUCAAAGUGUUGUGUAGGCUCCUGGAGUUGUUUUGUGAAAACAGCGAGUUUAUUAAAGGCUUACCAUCAAGCAUUCAGAUUCAACCGUCUGUACAAAUGAUUCAAUGGUUGAACUUUAACUUAAAUGUAUUAGUCCCUCACAAUGUAACAUAUACAGAUUCGCAGAAAUUUCAAGUAGCUGCCAAACACCUUAAAAGAUACUGUAAUCUCUUAUCUUCAGGGAUUCUAGACAUUUCCUAUCUGUCAAGUGUCCUGCCUCAUUUUUCAUUGUAUUUAAAGGAUGGGAAUUACAAUCCUGUUUUAAGGAAGUUAAUUGAAGAACUGUCAUCAAAUGCUUCCUUACCUUCUAUUCUUAUUUAUUCACUGGCAAAUAUCAAUAUACAUCAAGGACAAAGUCCUUGUAAGAUGAUAGCUGAAGGAUUAGCCCAUGUUCUCUUUUCCCAACUGAAGGAGGAGGACAAGCUGAGAAAUCUGAACUGGGACAUUCUGUAUGCAGGUUCAUCCUACAUCCUAAAAAACAAAAACUUCAGUCUCCUACAACCACUAUCCUGUUUUGUUAAAUUCAUUACAAAAGAUGAAGCGAUAAAAGUUAAAGCUCAGAUUGUUCCUAUGUUCUCCGGAGUCUCCAACAACACUGAGGUGCAACAGUACUUGAAUUCUUUUCCAGCGUAGUGCAAGGUACAACAGAUGGUGUUCUCAAGUACUCCCUCAACAUCUACUGGACUGGUGCUCGUAGAUGUGGUGUGUUCUAUCGCUGUGAAGACUUAUUAUAACAUUUAAAAAUAUAAAUAAAGGUUAAUAUUGUUUUCCUUUAAGCUUCAGCAUAAUCUCAUUAGACUGGGCUUCUCAAAUGUUAACAUUAUAUAUGGUUCAUACUAAAAAUCAUGAUUAAAAUAACUACCUAUUAUAGUUACCUAACAUAUAACAAUAUUUUUGUACGGAAAUUUUAAACUUCAUUAUAAAUUUAUUUGCAUAUGAAAUUGUACUUUUUAACAUGUGGUUAGAUCUUUAUCACCUUAAUAUGUUUGGAAGAAAAGUGUUACAAUGUAUAGUCAUUAAUAAGCUUGUAUUACAUGCAUUGUUAUUUUAAAAUAAAAAUAAUUGUACAAAUCUG